AUGUCAACACUGGCCGGCAAGGUUGCUCUGAUCAGCGGCUCCUCGGCGGGUUUAGGCGCCGCCAUCGCCCGGGAGCUGUUCAGCCGCGGGGCGUCUGUGGUCAUCAACUAUCCCAACCAAAGUGAGAAGGCCAACGCAGACAAUGUUCUCAAGAGCCUUGGCGAACCCAGCCGAGCUGUCGCUGUAGAAGCAGACCUUUCAACGCCAGAGGGGCCACGGGUGCUUGCUGAUGCGGCGGCCAAGGCCUUUGGCAAGAUGGACAUCCUGGUCAACAGCGCUGGCAUCAACCGUCCGACGUUUCUCGACGAUCCUGACGACGCAAAGGUCGAAAAGACGUGGCAUGAUAUUGUCUACCUCAACGCCAGAGGCGUCUUCUUCCUGACCCGCGCCGUCCUCAAGCACCUUUCACACGAGAACUCGCGCAUCAUCAACAUCGGCAGCUCCGUGUCCCGCACACCGGGGCCGGAAUCAAGCAUUUAUGCCGGAACCAAGGGGCUCGUCGAGGUCUACACCCAGUGCUGGGCGUCGGAGCUCCCUCGCAAGUACGGAUGCACCGUCAACGCCGUGGCCCCCGGCCCUGUCGGCACAGAUGCCUUUCUCGCUGCUCCCAGCGCCGUCAGAGAGGCACUGCAGCCGAUGAUUGACGCUACACCUGUCGCUGCGCGUGUGGGUACACCUGAGGAGAUUGCAUGGGUUGUUGCAACCUUGGCUGAGGAGAAGGCGGGUUGGAUCAACGGCGCGUAUAUCCCCGUCAGUGGUGGAUCCAGCAUAUUCUAG